AUGGCCUCGCCAAAUUCCACCAACGCUGCCUCGGAGGCAAGCCGUCUGCAGGAACUGAAUGCAGACGUGCGCAACCAGGACGACCUCGAACGGGAUAUCACUCGUCAGGCCGAUAAGUUCCUCGCUGAAAAGGCCGAGGAAAACGAUACGAAGAGACUGGAGAAGGCGCUGAACGACAAAGACAAGGUCGAUCGGCAGAUUCGACAGGCCAAAGACCGCCUGGCCAAGCACGUCGGAGCCGUCAGCCGCCACCGGGUCGAGAAUGAACUCCGAAACCUCGAGGCCCGCCGAUCGGGACUGGUCAACGACAUCAAGGACAUCCAGAAACGGAUCGAUGAUCGACGGGAGGCCCAGGAGAAGGCAGAGGGCAGUCAUGGCCCCGGCCGGCUGCCGAACGAGUCCCGGCGGGACUACCUCCUGCGAACGGGAAAGAUCACUCCGUUCGAGCUCAUGAGCCAGGCCGGCCCAGAUGGCUCCCUGUCAACUCUCCAGGAUGCCCUCGUCGACGCCGAAGACCAGCAGCAAGAGGAGGAAGAGCGCGAGAAAGCUCGCCACGACCCGGCCGCCUCUCACCGAAACCUUCUCCGCCCGGAGCUCGACUUUGACGAAACCAGUGAGAGUGCAGAGAGCCGCGGCAGCAAGCGGAGGAAGCUGGAAAGCCCUUCUGCAAAGAAGAGUCCGAAAGCUGCGCGGGCUCGCUCGCCCACCUCGCCCGAAGUCGACUCCGAGGCUAGUUACGUCGCCUCGGAGGGCAGCGUGUCAUCCGAGGAUGAAGAGUUCAUGCCAGACACCGUAGCCGAGCUGACGACACGAAAGCGCAAGCAGGGCAAGGCAGAGUCUGAGCUCGAGGACCUCAGCGGUGUUGACGAUGGCAACGAGAAGAUCUACCAGACCCGCCUUCAGAACUGGAUCAGUCGACGCAGUGCCGCUCGCAAGCGUGCCCAGGGUACACCCAUCAAGGAGGAAGAGGGCGAGGCCGAGGCCGAGGAUGAGUGGCUGAAGCCGCAUCCCACAGAGCCAGACUUGGACCUCCAGAAUGGCCUCUACGUGCCGGGUGAUAUCGGCAAAUACCUCUUUUCCUACCAGCGAACCGGCGUUCAGUGGCUCUGGGAGCUGCAUCAGCAGUCGGUUGGUGGGAUCAUUGGCGACGAGAUGGGACUCGGCAAGACGAUUCAGGCCAUCGCCUACCUUGCAUCGUUGCACCACAGCAACAUGUACACCAAGCCGGCGAUCGUUGUAUGCCCUGCGACUCUCAUGAAACAAUGGGUCAACGAGUUCCACCGUUGGUGGCCUCCCUUUCGAGUUUCGAUCCUGCACUCUUCUGGCAGUGGCAUGAUGAAUGUGGGAAGGGAAAGCAGUCGUGAGAUGGCCCUGACGUCAGAGUUGAUGGGUAGCUCGCACUCUCGACACUUGUCUGCUGGCCAAAAGGCCGCAAAGAAGAUCAUCAAGCGUGUCGUGGAGGAAGGACAUGUCCUGGUGACCACUUACUCCGGUCUGCAGUCAUAUGCGGAUGCUCUCGUCGAUGUCGAAUGGGGGUGUGCCAUUUUGGAUGAAGGCCAUAAGAUCCGCAACCCGGAUGCUGGCAUCACCUUUAGUUGCAAGGAGCUGCGGACUCCUCACCGCAUUAUCUUGUCGGGAACUCCUAUGCAGAACAGUCUGACUGAUCUGUGGUCGCUCUUCGACUUUGUCUUCCCCAUGCGUCUCGGCACUCUGGUCACCUUCAAAAGUCAAUUUGAAAUUCCCAUUCGCCAAGGGGGAUACGCGUCGGCCACCAAUUUGCAGGUCCAAACUGCCGCAAAGUGUGCAGCGACCUUGAAGGAUGCCAUCAGUCCAUACCUUCUUCAGCGGUACAAGGCGGAUGUCACGUCCGACCUUCCCCAGAAGACCGAACAGGUCAUUUUCUGCAAGCUGACCCGGGAGCAGCGCAAUGUCUACAAGCGAUUCCUUGGCUCCGAUGACAUGGCUUCUAUCAUCCGUGGAAGAAGGAAUUCUUUGUUCGGCAUUGAUAUUCUUCGAAAGAUCUGCAACCACCCAGACUUGGUAGAUCGCCAGCUACGGGCUCAUGAGCCUGACUACGGCAACAGUGACCGUUCAGGCAAGAUGCAGGUCUUGAAGGGACUUUUGGAGGUGUGGAAGGACACGGGACACAAGACCUUGCUGUUUGCCCAGACUCGACAGAUGCUGGACAUCAUUCAGAAGUUUAUUGUGUCGUUGGGUGGAUUUAACUUUCGUCGCAUGGACGGCAAUACUCCGAUCAAGGACCGUCAGACCAUGGUGGAUGACUUCAACAAGGAUCCCGAUCUCCACGUCUUCCUCCUUACCACUCGCGUGGGUGGUAUCGGCGUAAAUUUGACUGGCGCCGACCGAGUCAUCAUCUACGAUCCUGAUUGGAAUCCAUCGACGGAUAUGCAAGCCCGCGAACGAGCAUGGCGCCUCGGUCAAAAGCGGGACGUUACGAUCUUCCGCCUUAUGAUGAAGGGCACCAUUGAAGAAAAGAUCUAUCACCGCCAGAUCUUUAAGCAAUUCUUGACCAACAAGAUUACUCGUGACCCCCAACAGCGCGAGGGCUUCCAGGCGAGUGAUCUGUAUGAUCUGUUCUCCUUGACAGAAGAGAAUGACAAGGAGCUGGAGACUACAAAGCUGUUCAAGAAUGCAGAUGUCACCUACCAAGAGGAAGACACGACUACUCCACCUUCCAAGAAACGUGGCCUGGGUACCAAGUCCAAGUCGCAGACCCCGAAUCUCGAUGGUGAAGAUAUCAGCACCGUCCAAGGCGUUGCCAACAUCGAAGAAUUUACCAACGAGGGCGACGACCAGGAUGGGUCGAAGAACAACCCCAAGACCGCCGAAGACCGCAUCAUGCAUGGCAUCUUCGCCCGCUCCGGCGUGCAUGCUGCACUUGAGCAUGACCAUAUUGUCAAUGGCAAGCGCACCAUUCGUGCUGAUCCGAAACUGAUUGAGGCGGAAGCUAGCCGCGUGGCCGCCGAAGCUGCGCGCGAGCUGCGACGCGCUGAAGAAGUGGCCCGGAAUACGCCUAUCGGCCUGCCUACCUGGACUGGCUCCUUCGGUAUGGGAGGCCGCACCGACCUCGGCGGCGCUAGCUCGUCAGCACGGCCGGCCGCUCGAGGCCCUUCAUCUUCGACCCUGCUGUCCAAUCUCAACCCUGGUGCAUCGGCAGCGAGCUCCCGUACCCCUACUCCACAGGGCUCGGAGGCUCCCAACCGGAUGCCGCGUGGCAAGGACUUUUUACCGCUGAUCCGGGACUUUUUGCUUUCUCGCCGCGGCCCGGUGUUCACGCAGGUGAUUGUCGAUCAAUUCAAUCACUACUGUAACAAUCCGCAGCGUGUGGCCGAGUUCCAGGAGAUGUUGAAGACUGUGGCUCGUCUGGAUAGAGACCGUGGUGGGCGCGGACGAUGGACAUUGAAGCCGGAGUUUGCGAAGAAACCGGCGGAAUAG